CUUUCUUUUUCUUCAGUGAUAUCACACAGCAUGUUCCUCGUAGACAGGAUGGCUACCAGCCUUUGCAAAAAGUCCAGGAAUUCCUAGACCUCAUCAUCCCCUCCUUCAGUGCCGUGUAUUAUCCGCAUCAGCAGCUCAGCGUAGACGAGAGCAUGGCUCGCUUCAAAGGCAGAUGUCACUUUCGACAGUAUAUGCCAGACAAACCGACGAAACGCGGAUUCAAGUGUUUUAGUUUGUGCGACUCUGUGUCGUUUUAUUGUCUGAAAUUUAUUGUUUACACUGGGAAGGACUACUUUCCAGUACCAGCGGGUAAGCCUUUCACCCAUCAUCUUGUGGAGACCCUGAUGGAUGGGUACACUGGGAAGAGUCACAUAUUGUUCUGUGAUAACUUCUACACCUCUCCAGCACUCUUUGCAGACCUGAGGGAAAAGCAGACUGGAGCAGUGGGCACUGUUGUGGAGAGCAGAAAGGGGUUCCCUCAUGCCCUAAAACACACCAACCUUCCCCUGAAAAAAGGCGACGAGCCAGUGUUUUCUAGGUCUGGUGACAUGGUUGCCACGGCUUGGCACGACACAAAGCGUGUGCACCUUCUUAGCACAGUCCACACGAAUAACACUAUGGACAAGUUGGUGCGCUCUGCAAAGGAUGACGGCGGGUUUCAGCGGGUCGAAAAGCCAGUAAUUGCUGAGACAUACAAUGCGUACAUGGGCGGCGUCAAUCAUUUCGAUCAGCUGCACAAAAACUAUUCAUAUCCCCACCGCAGCUACAAAUGGUAUCUGGCGCUCUACCACUAUGUGAAAGAUGCCUGCCUUGUGAAUGCCCACAUUUUGUACAAACGCAGUGGUGGCAAGGACAACGUGAAGGACUUCAGGUCUGCUGUAGUGGAUGCGCUUAUCAAGCCCCACAUGGCUGUGCGCAAAUCAAAAUGCCGGCCGCAGCCGAACCCAACUGUUGACCGGCUCUCUGCUGCACAGUUCGGGCACUUCCCUGCCAAAUACUUGGAUCCUAAACAUCGCCCUGUAUGCAAGGUCUGUGCGACCAUCAAGAAAAGGGCCCAGACGCGCUUCCACUGCCCCCAGUGCAACACUGCUUUGUGUGUUGACCGUGACUGUUUCCGCAUCUGGCACACCGCUGUUGACGUCAAACAGGCACGGCAACAGCUCAUGGACUAAAUGCUACCAAACUCCCUAUUAGAGCAAGCAAAACUGGAUUAUAUAUUUUCACAGUGAGUAGGCUUACAAUUCCAUGUAUUUCUUUCUACUUCUGUUUGCUAUCGUCACAUUUUUUUUUCAUGUUUCUCAAGAGACCUACAUAUUCAUAGACACGCACGCGCGCACACGCACACACACACACACCCACACACACACCCACAAGCACACUCAAAAUUGACUUUGUACAUAUUAUCCUUCUGGGGCAUUUGCUUUAGGAAGGGGAAAUUAGUGGCAGGUUUUAUAUAUCUCAUGUAAAUUAUAUUGCAUAAUUUAUGCAAAUUGUCUGCCGUGAUCAUGCAAUUUGAUUUUUUUUCACUUGAGCAAAACCCUCAUUCACUCAUACAACUGUCCUCCAAGUUUGGUAAUGAUCCAUGAGUUUAUAAUAGAGCAGUGUCCAUUUCUCUGAACCCUAUACUUUUGCUUCGUGCUGACCUCUUCUGACCCCUAACAGGGUACAUGUUUAUUUUGACUCUACAAUGCCUCUAAAUGCACCCAGCGACCACCUGUUGUGAUUUUUAUUAUGUAGAAAUGGUCAAAUCAUUAUUCUGGAACAUUCGCUGUAAGAUUUAGGGUGAAAUCUCUUAUCAGGAAGGUGGAAAUUUGUUGUUUUUUUGGUUACAUUUCAGAUAAAUUUUGCAUAAUUUAUUCAAAAUGGCCGCCAGGAUCAAACGAAUUGAUUUUUUUUUCUCGCACAACUAAAAACCUUAUUCACUCAUACAACUGUCCUCCAAGUUUGGUAAUGAUCCAUGAGUUUAUAAUAGAGCAGUGUC